CACUGUGAUGAAUUCGAAACAUGUUUUAUUUUUGUUAAUUUUUGUUAAUCGAAAAUGGAGCUGUUUUUCCGAAAUUACAGGGAAAGACUAUGACCUCAUGCCGGACAUUUUCCAGUUUGAGGACUACGACAAAUGUUUGUACCACAGUAUUGAAGCAGACCCUACUUAUUGUACAUUCACACUACAGCUACGUCCAGAAAAACCAGAAAAUUCGACCAAAAUUUGGAAAAUAAUUCAAGAAGUAUGUUCAAGCGACCGAAAUUACCGUCACGAUUUAUUACGUUAUGGCACUUGUGCUUCAACGCACUGUUCGAACUUCAACGGCACCCUUUCAGAGUGCUUAAGCCAAAGCUACACCACCCAGUACCAAAAUUUGGGGCUCCUAGGCGAAAUUAGCGCUAUACAAUGUGAGACAAAAAAUUUCAAACACGAGAUAGGGACCCUCGAUGUGGUCAUCCUUGCCUUGUUAGGAAUUUACGUGUUGUUUGUGGUUACCACGACAAUUUGGUUGGAAUUUGCUAAAUAUCAAGCUAGAACUAAAGUUGACCCUGGCCAACACGAAAACAAAACAUCGUCGAUUCAAAAUUUUUUUUCUGUAUUUUCUGUGGUGGAUAAUGUGAGGUCUUUAAUCACAGUUAGCCACAAAACCAAAAACUACAUGAUGUUUUUGCAAACUAUGCGAUUUGCUACUUCUAUCGUGGUCAUACUAGUGCAUGUGGCUGGGUCUGGAAGAGGUACCCCGGUUUUAAACCCACUUCGAGUCGAACAAACCACAAACACUUUGUUUAACAUGAUUUUGGCACAAGUGGGAAUGAUAGUCCAAGUUUUUUUUGUGAUGUCGUCGUGGUUGGUAGCUGUAAGUUUCUUCAAGAAGAUGGAACAUGACCGCAAAGUGGGGUUGGAUUAUGUUGUGCGCUCGAUUUUAAGAAGGUACCUCAGGUUUGCCACAGGAGAAAUCGUACUAAUAGGUUUGCAUGCCACAUGGUUGGUUCACCUCUCCCGUGGCCCCUUCUGGGAACCAGUAAUGGGAACGGAAUACAAAAUGUGUAGAGCGAGAUGGUGGACGAACUUACUCUUCUUCAACAACUUCGUUAUCGACGAUGGAGUGUGUCUGAUCCACACAUGGUACCUAUCAGUGGACUUCCAGUUCACCGUCCUAGGACUCCUUAUUCUCUGGUUAACCCAAAAGAAACCAAAACACUUAUUUCUAGCACUAAGUUUUGUAGCUGCUUUUCAAGUGAUCUUCAUGUUUGUCUAUCUAGCUUGGAAUAAUUUUGAACUUGCGGUGAUCUUCACACCAGAGUUAUCGUACGGCUUCAAGUUUUUGGCGUCGAAAGAAUGGCAAGCAACGUGGACAAGCACUUACUCGAAUCUGGCAGGACUUGUGUUCGGUCUUCUCUUUGGAUACCUACAAGUAAAGCAUCAAAGUGAAAGAUUUUUUACGAAAAGGAAGCACACGAUUCUGUGGUGGAUUUUGACCACACUUCUCGUCAUCGGCAUUCCUCUUUUCUCUUCGUUCUAUAUGACCACUGACUAUUAUUCCAACAGUCGAUGGUUUGCAGCAGCCUACGGCAGUGUGGAUAAGGGUUUGUUCGUUUUUGGAGUCGGGUUGCUAAUUUUUGGCAUGGGUCAAGAGCUUGGAGGUGUUGUAAGGAAGGCUUUCGAGUGGGUUUCUAUGCAUACCAUGGGACGACUGUCAUUUGGUGCUUAUUUGAUUCAUUUUACGUUUGUACAGAUUGACACGGGUUUACGAAGACCUCAUUUCGUGUCAGAGUAUUCACUGGUGUGCGAGACGAUCGUUAAUGUUGUAUUGUCUUAUCUAAGUUCCGUCAUUUUGACUGCGUUUGUUCUAAUACCGAUGGAUGGAUUAACGAAAAAAUUAAUCUAAGAAGUAGCGGUAUAGC